AUGGGGCCAUUCCUGUUGUUGGUUUUUCUGCUAAUGGGAGAUGGGAGAGGGCUUCUUAACCUCAAAAUGCCAGUUAAGGCCCAGUCCAAUGAACGCCGGGUUUUGGCCCACAUUCCUGGUGACAUCAUCAUCGGGGCGCUGUUCUCCGUCCACCACCAGCCGCCGGCGGACAAGGUGCACGAGAGGAAAUGCGGCGCGGUGCGUGAACAGUACGGCAUCCAGCGGGUUGAAGCUAUGAUGCAUACCCUGGACCGCAUCAAUGCAGAUCCGUUCAUCUUACCCAACAUCACCUUGGGCUGCGAGAUCAGAGACUCCUGCUGGCACUCGGCGGUGGCGCUGGAGCAGAGCAUUGAGUUCAUCCGCGACACCUUGGUGUCGGCGGAGGAGGAAGAAAGCAUGACGCGCUGUUCGGGUGAUGAGGGGGCCACGCCCAUGCGUGGUAAGAAACCCAUUGUGGGACUCAUUGGACCAGGUUCCAGCUCAGUGGCCAUUCAAGUGCAGAACCUUUUGCAACUUUUCAACAUCCCCCAAAUAGCCUACUCUGCCACUAGUAUGGACCUGAGUGACAAAUCUCUGUACAAGUACUUUAUGAGGGUCGUACCCUCUGAUGCUCAGCAAGCCAGAGCCAUGGUGGAUAUUGUUAAGAGAUACAACUGGACCUAUGUCUCAGCUAUUCACACUGAAGGAAACUAUGGAGAAAGUGGAAUGGAAGCUUUUAAGGACAUGGCUGCCAAAGAGGGAAUCUGUAUAGCUCACUCUGAUAAAAUCUACAGCAACGCCGGGGAACAGAGCUUCGACCGUCUGCUGGAUAAGCUGCGUAGCCACCUGCCUAAGGCUCGUGUCGUGGCCUGUUUCUGCGAGGGAAUGACCGUGCGUGGAAUUCUCAUGGCCAUGAGACGCCGCCGACUGGUCGGGGAAUUCCUUUUGGUUGGCAGUGAUGGCUGGGCAGAUCGUUAUGAUGUAACAGAUGGUUAUCAGAAAGAGGCAGCAGGAGGAAUCACUAUAAAACUCCAGUCUGCCUAUGUCACUUGGUUUGAUGAUUAUUACCUCAAGCUGCAGCCUGACAAUAACCAUCGCAACCCCUGGUUCCCUGAGUUCUGGCAACACCGCUUUCAAUGCAAGCUAAAGGGCCACCCACAGGAGAGCAGCAAAUACAACCGCACCUGCACCAAGAGAGAGUCUCUUCGUCACCAGUAUGCCCAGGACACUAAAAUGGGUUUUGUGAUCAAUGCCAUUUACUCCAUGGCGUACGGACUGCAUGCCAUGCAGCGGGCACUGUGCCCCGGGUACGUGGGUCUCUGCGACGCCAUGAGGCCCAUCGAUGGGCGCAAACUCCUCGACUUCCUCAUGAGCACCAACUUUGUUGGCGUGUCAGGCGAGAAGGUCCGCUUCGAUGAGAACGGAGACUCCCCAGGGAGAUAUGAGAUCAUGAACUUUAAAAAAAUGAGUGAAGAAGAUUACAGUUACGUCCACGUGGGGAGCUGGGACAACAGCGGUUUGCAGAUGGACGAUGAUGAAAUCUGGGCCAACAGCAGCAGCAUCAUUCAAUCCGUCUGCAGCGAUCCCUGUGAGAAAGCCCAGAUCAAGGUUAUUCGUAAGGGAGAGGUCAGCUGCUGCUGGACGUGCACACCCUGUAAAGAGAACGAGUACGUGUUUGAUGAAUACACCUGCCGCGCCUGUGAACUUGGCGCCUGGCCAAAAGACGACCUCACUGGGUGCGAGCCAAUCCCUGUGCAGUUUCUGCUGUGGAGCGAUCCUGAGCCUAUCGCUGCCGUGGUUUUCGCCUGUCUCGGCCUCCUCGCAACCACUUUCGUCACCUCGGUCUUCAUCAGAUUUCACGAUACGCCGGUGGUGAAGUCCUCCAGCCGGGAACUGUGCUUUAUCAUCCUGGCAGGCAUCUGCUUGGGCUACCUCUGUACCUUCUGCCUGAUUGCCAAGCCGCAUGUGGUGUACUGCUACCUGCAGAGGCUUGGCAUCGGCCUGUCCCCGGCCAUGAGCUACUCCGCCCUGGUCACCAAGACCAACCGCAUUGCCCGUAUCCUGGCCGGAAGCAAGAAGAAGAUCUGCACCAAGAAGCCGCGAUUCAUGAGCGCCUGCGCGCAGCUGGUCAUCGCCUUCAUCCUUAUCCUAAUCCAGCUGGGUAUUAUUGUGGCUCUCUUCAUUAUGGAACCACCUCAGGUAAUCUACGACUACCCAAGCAUCCGCGAAGUGCACCUCAUCUGCAACACUACCACGGUAGGGGUGGUGGCACCGCUGGGUUACAACGGAUUGCUGAUCCUCAGCUGCACAUUCUACGCCUUCAAGACGCGAAACGUGCCGGCCAACUUCAACGAGGCCAAGUACAUCGCCUUUACCAUGUACACCACCUGUAUCAUCUGGUUGGCUUUCGUGCCGAUCUAUUUCGGUUCCAACUACAAGAUCAUCACCAUGUGCUUCUCCGUGAGCCUGAGCGCCACCGUGGCGUUGUGCUGCAUGUUCGCGCCUAAAGUCUACAUCAUGCUGGCUAAACCCGAGAGGAACGUACGCAGCGCCUUCACCACCUCCACGGUGGUGCGCAUGCACGUGGGCGACGGUAAGGCAGCUUCGGCCGCAAGCCGCUCUAGCAGCUUGGCCAACCUGUGGAGACGACGCUGCUCUGGACCCGAUAACGUCAGUUCUAAUGGGAAAACAGUCACCUGGGCACAGAACGAACGAAGUUACCGACCUAACUUGUGGAAACGCAUCUCCAUUCACAUCAAGAAGAAGGAGGAGGUCAACCAGACAGCCAUCAUCAAACCAUUCUCCAAGGGCAGUGAUGGCCCGUCCAAUGCGGGGGUGAAGGUGGCAUACGAGGGGCCUCAGGGCACACAGCGAUACCCGAUGACAUACCAUCCACGUACUCCGUCCCCACUCCCUACCGUGAGCCAGAGGGCUGCUAUGAAGAGGUGUGAGGUCGAGGAGGAGGACGAGGAGCAGAUGCAGGUGACAGUGCUGCCUUCAUACCUGAACGAGCACUCCCAACGGGGUGGACCACCACAAGGAUCCAUCAUGGAGCAGAUCAGCUCUGUGGUUAACCGGUUUACGGCUAACAUCAGCGAGCUCAACAGCAUGAUGCUACCCGGUUCUCCGCCGGGAACCGCUAUGAAUGCUUCAGCCUUGGGGGCAAACCCCUGUUCCCCCACCUUCCUCCUCCCACGAGAGAUGCAGCUGCCCACAACGUUAACCACUUACGCCGAGGUGGUGGCUACGGCUAACGCUAACCAGCGAUCAGCAGUUGGCAUCACUGGGGGCUUGAUGAUGGCUUGCGGGAGCAGCAGGGCUUCGCCCGCCAGCCUCACAGACAGCACCUACGACUCCUCAGCAGCCAUCAGAACCACCGACUUGGAGGAUCUAGCGGCUCUGACACCCCCCUCCCCGUUCAGAGACUCCUCUGACGUGUCCAGUGACACCUCCCCCACUUCGGAGCUCCCCCUCUGCGAGCCCUGCUCUCCUAAAUACGAUCGGCUGAUACUCCGCCACUACAGCCAGAGCUCCUCUUCACUCUGA